AUGGGCACGUUCCAGACUGAGCCAACUCCCAUGAUGGAUUCCUACGGUCUCCAACCAGCCAUGCUGGAUGCGUCCCUCGUUGGUGGCACAAAUAUGAGCGUCUACUCUGAUCCUUUAUCUCUCGAUAUGGCCUCUAUGCAACCUACGCCUUUUGACCCAAUGGAUUCCGUCCAGCCAACCUUGAUGCAGGAGGGCUCGAGUAAACCUGACACUCCUGACAGCUCUAUGCCCGUUAACGGCAUUGGUGCUGGACCACUACCUACCGACUUUGGCAUGCAAACUGUUCCCGCCUCGAAUAGCACCGUGACCGAAUUCACAAGGAGAAAGAAUUGGACCCAGCGCUUACUAGAGGAGCUAAAAGAUCUGUUGUACAUCCUCACUCCCGAUGGUCGGCUUCUCUACGUUUCACCCUCGGCCAAGCAACUGACUGGAUACGAACCAAAUGAGUUGAUAGGAAAAUCAAUAUCAGAUUUCAUUCAUCCCGACGACUCUUCCCUUUUCAUUCGCGAAUUCAAUGAGAGCAUUGCAACUGGAAAACCUGUUCGCUUUUUCCACCGGUUCCGCGGAGCUGAAGACAAAUACCGCAUCUUUGAAAGCCACGGACAUCCGCAUCUCACCAAUGGAAUCACUCAGCUUGAACUUCCAGGCACUCCUAUGGGCCAGACAGGGUUUUGCCGGGGCUUUUUCAUGAUGGCCCGGCCGUACCCAACCCCAACCUCGGAACUCUUAGAUUCAUUCUUGGAGCACAAGAUUGAAAAUUUCAGGCUUCAGGCCAGGAUAGCCAUUCUAAAGCGCGAGGAAGCCGAGGAGGCGGAUGCGCAACAAGAGCAUUAUCACAAACAGGCUGCCGGAGCCGCAGCCUCACGAGCCUCGUCAAAUUCAGCCGACAUUCCGCCUACCUCGCCAUCCACAACCGCCAGGCCAGAGUUUCCCGAUUAUGGUGGCAUGCCACCACCCGCCAAGCCAACAGUGUCGAACAUUGCUCUUACGCGAGAAGCCUUGGACGAGGCCAACGCCUUUGCUCGCCCAGACUCCAUACGGGACAAAAUGGCCCGAUACGAAGGCUCUUCACACGUCGACUCCAUUGAAAUGUUGACCGGUCUCCGGUACCGCGAGGGCGAGAGAUCUCACGGCAUCUCAACCGGUGGAACUUCGCCAGCACUUAUUCGUGGUGAUGCAGGCAUUCACAUACCCAUUGACAAAGCCGACUCACGAUAUUCAUACACUGACAAGAAACACAAGAAAGUUAAAAGUGCAGAGGAAUACGUUUGCACGGAUUGUGGAACUCUCGAUAGUCCCGAGUGGAGAAAAGGGCCCAAUGGUCCCAAAACGCUGUGCAAUGCUUGCGGGCUGAGGUGGGCAAAGAAGGAGAAGAAGAAGAAUGCGGCAAUAGAUGCUGCGUCGUCGAUGGCGGGCGGGACUGCUAGUCCUGCGGUCUCUAGUGCCAAGAAUGGCGAGACAGGAGCCACCUCCUCCAUGAUGGUCGGGGGAAAUUCCAGUCCCAUGCCGCCCCCAGGCAGGACCAGUGAGAUGUCAGACGUCGAGACGGGUUCCAUGGAUGUGGGACAUCGCAGUCCCGCGGUCUCCAUGUCCAAGGCCACGACAAAGGCUGAUGAAAUGGAAAAGGUCGAAAGCACCGGACCAGCCCUGAUGAGAAAUGAAGGCCCUACGGUGGCACCAUCGACGGACAUGAGCAACGGAAUGACAGGCACAGAAGCCGCCCCGUCCAACGCGGCGGGCAAUGACAGUGCAACAGCCACCACCAUUGACCCUGUUCACACGGACAGGACCUUCCCUCCCUCUUCUGCCAUCAAGCAGGAAUCCGGUUGA